GCUUUAAUAAUACACCCCACACGCUCGCUACUCGAAGACAUUCCAGGGGUGCCAACAAACAAACCAAGUUGAUUGCCCAGCCUUGUCACUCGCUGCGCUCGAUCCCGGCUCCCUCCUCAGAUCGUGCCUCCCGUUUCAGUGACGUUGCCGGGAAGUUGCGGCCUCCUGCGACGUGCGAUAGUUGACUGCGACUGUGCUGCCCUCUACCACCACUCACUUGGUCGCGGGGCUUCUGACAGCUGCACUCCGCACUUAGCACCCUUACACGACAUCCCGACGCUGCGAAAACCACCGCCAACAUGGUUCGACACGCCAUUGCUGCCGUCUUCGCCGCUGCAACACUUGCUGGCUCUGCCCUCGCCGCAAAGUGCACCAAGGACAACCACUGCCCCCAGGACACGCCCUGCUGCUCGCUAUAUGGCGACUGCGGUGUAGGCGCCUUCUGCCUCGGCGGCUGCGACCCGCUCAUGUCGCACUCGUUCGACUCUUGCGUGCCCGGCCCCGUGUGCAAGUCCGGCACCUACUCGCUCGACACCCUCGACGAUGUCCAGUCCAUCGACAAGUACCUCGGCGAUGCCUCCAAGAUCAACUGGCAGUCGCAGGGCACCCCCGCCAUCUACACGGACCCCAGCAGCGGCCAGAAGUCGACCCUCCUGACCAUGGCCCAAGGCACCGUCGGCACUCUGCUCGCGUCCACGCACUAUGUCUGGUACGGCAAGAUUUGCUCCAAGCUCACCACCGCUCAGGGCAAGGGUGUCGUCACUGCCUUCAUUCUCAUGUCCGACGUCAAGGACGAGAUCGACUUUGAGUGGGUCGGUGUCGACACUGGCCACGUGCAGUCCAACUUCUACUCCCAGGGCGUAACCAACUACAACAAUGGCGGCAACCUCACAAUCUCCAGCGGCAACACAGCAUCGACCAUGCACGAAUACUGCCUCGACUGGAAGCAAGACAGCCUCACCUGGUCUAUCGACGGCAAGGACCUGCGCACACUGGAACGCAAAAACACCUGGAACCAGACAUCUGGACGUUUCGACUAUCCCCAGACGCCUUCCCGUAUCAUGCUGUCCCUCUGGCCUGCCGGUUUGUCCAGCAACGAGAAGGGUACCAUUGAGUGGGCUGGUGGCGAGAUUGACUGGAACUCCCCUUACAUGCAGAAUGGAUACUACUUUGCCCGCUUCCAGGAGGUCACCGUGCAAUGCUACGACGCGCCAUCUGGAAUCAAGAAGUCUGGUGACAAGGUCUACGAGUACACCGACAAGGCCGGCACCAACAACACUGUCGCCAUCACCAACAACCAAGUUAUCCUCGGUUCCCUGAUGGGUACCGGUGAAGACCCUGGCGAGGCACCCAAGUCCGGAUCCUCGCAGCCCACUCAGUCAGUAGCCAUGGUUCCUGGUGGAAACCCAGGAGGCGGUAACCGUGCUGAAGCCACCGAGGCCGCUCAAGUUCCAGGAGGAUCCCCGCCAUCUUCAGAUGGAGGUUCUUCCGGCGGAGAACAGACCGUCGGCGGCGGCGGCGCACAGCAAGGCUUCUCGCAGGGCGGUAGCGGCAGCAGCACCGGUGCCGCAACCACUGUCGAGCCCAGCCUCAGCCGCGUCAGCGGCUCUGCGCUCGCCAUUGUAGUUGCGAUUCUUGGUCUUUGCGCCCUUUAA